GAUCCAGACUUCAAAUCCCAGAAGAGUUUCGUCCUCAACAUGACCUGCAGGUUCUGCUGGCAGCUCCCGGAGGCUGACUACGAGUGCUUCAGCUCCAGCGACUGCAGGGCGGUGUCCUGCCCUCGGCAGCGCUAUCCAACCAACUGCACUGUGCGGGACCACGUCCACUGCCUGGGUAACCGCACUUUUCCGAAGAUGUUGUACUGCAACUGGACCGGGGGAUACAAGUGGUCCACAGCCUUGGCUCUGAGCAUCACCCUCGGUGGGUUUGGAGCAGAUCGCUUCUACCUGGGCCAGUGGCGAGAAGGCCUCGGCAAGCUCUUCAGCUUCGGGGGCCUGGGAAUAUGGACGCUGAUCGACGUCCUGCUCAUUGGAGUUGGCUACGUGGGACCAGCGGAUGGCUCUUUGUACAUUUAGCUGCAGUUACACGCUUCAGAGAGGAGCGGAGCCUAGCAAAUGUGCUUUGCCUGUGGGAAUCCACGUGCUUUGAGGGACUUGUAUGUGUGUUUAAUGUACAGCAUCUGUACUUUGCCUGCCUUGAUGAAGGUAAAAUAAAAAACAGUGAACCAUGCUUAUAUGAAAUUUGGUUUUCUUUGCCUGCGAUCUAUUUUUUUUUUUUUUUCUGUGAAAAAAUUUAAACUGGAAGAACAACCUGUGCAGCUGAAAAUCUGUUUAGUUCCUAGACUUGAGUUUUAUAUUACUUACUUCAGAGUGUAUCAUUUGUAUCUCCAACUUGAAUGUCAUCUGCCGUAAAAAACAUUUGAGCUAUAAUUGCAGAGAGUGGAAAAUCUUUUCAUUCUUCAGCUAAAUAAAGUUAUCUAAACUUCAGUCAUCUCUGAGUUUUGCAGUGUAAUAAUGUUUGUGUAGUAUGGUCUUUCUGUAUGAUUGUUUGAAAUAAAUGCAGAAAUUUUGUGUCUGGUUCCUGUGAUUGCAGUUUUGUUAGUAAUGUAAAAGGUUGCAAGAGUACUGGAAAAUAAAUAAAACUACAAGUUACUUUAAAA